GGCGAACACCGAGCUCCCCCAGAGCCGCCCGGGAGCAGGGAGGGCUCCGCACCCUGGGCCCUCCCCGUGGACCCAUGAGUUCAAUGUCCAGACUCUCUGAGCUGUGUUUUGGGGUUACCCAAAGCAUUCCACCCUCCUGACUCUCCAUAACUGUAGGAUUCAUAACCCACUCCAUACCUGGCAAUAUGGGGAUUGGAAUAAGAAACAUUUUAGUGGAUAAACCAAAUGACCAAUCUUCAAGAUGGUCUUCAGAGAGCAACUAUCCUCCCCAGUACUUGAUUCUGAAGCUUGAAAGGCCUGCUAUAGUCCAGAAUAUCACAUUUGGAAAAUAUGAGAAAACUCAUGUCUGCAAUUUGAAGAAAUUUAAAGUCUUUGGUGGAAUGAAUGAAGAAAAUAUGACAGAAUUGUUGUCUAGUGGCUUAAAGAAUGAUUAUAACAAGGAAACAUUCACCUUGAAGCAUAAAAUUGAUGAACAGAUGUUCCCUUGUCGAUUCAUUAAAAUAGUUCCACUCUUGUCCUGGGGACCCAGCUUUAACUUUAGCAUCUGGUAUGUUGAACUUAGUGGCAUUGAUGAUCCUGAUGUAGUACAACCCUGUCUCAACUGGUAUAGCAAGUACCGUGAACAGGAAGCCAUUCGCCUUUGCCUAAAACACUUCCGACAGCACAAUUAUACAGAGGCCUUUGAAUCACUGCAGAAGAAAACCAAGAUUGCCCUGGAACAUCCCAUGUUAACAGAUCUGCAUGACAAACUGGUUCUGAAGGGUGAUUUUGAUGCUUGCGAAGAAUUGAUUGAGAAAGCUGUAAAUGAUGGCUUGUUCAAUCAGUAUAUCAGUCAACAGGAAUAUAAGCCACGAUGGAGUCAGAUCAUUCCAAAAAGCACCAAAGGUGAUGGAGAAGAUAACCGACCAGGAAUGCGAGGAGGCCAUCAAAUGGUCAUCGAUGUUCAGACAGAGACCGUUUAUUUGUUUGGUGGCUGGGAUGGAACACAAGAUCUUGCUGACUUCUGGGCGUACAGUGUGAAGGAGAACCAGUGGACAUGUAUCUCCAGAGACACUGAGAAAGAGAACGGUCCUAGUGCCAGGUCAUGCCAUAAAAUGUGCAUUGACAUUCAACGAAGGCAGAUCUACACAUUGGGACGUUAUUUGGAUUCCUCUGUGAGGAAUAGCAAAUCUCUGAAAAGUGACUUCUAUCGUUAUGACAUUGACACGAACACAUGGAUGUUACUAAGUGAGGACACUGCUGCCGAUGGAGGACCGAAAUUGGUGUUUGAUCAUCAGAUGUGUAUGGAUUCAGAAAAACAUAUGAUCUACACCUUUGGUGGUAGAAUUUUGACAUGUAAUGGCAGCGUAGAUGACAGCAGAGCCAGUGAACCCCAGUUCAGUGGAUUGUUUGCUUUCAACUGUCAAUGUCAAACCUGGAAACUUCUUCGAGAAGACUCCUGUAAUGCUGGGCCUGAGGACAUCCAGUCUCGAAUAGGACACUGCAUGCUAUUCCACUCAAAAAAUCGUUGCUUAUAUGUAUUUGGUGGCCAGCGGUCGAAGACCUAUUUGAAUGAUUUCUUCAGUUACGAUGUGGACUCUGACCAUGUAGACAUUAUAUCAGAUGGCACCAAGAAAGACUCUGGGAUGGUUCCAAUGACAGGAUUCACACAGAGAGCAACCAUUGAUCCAGAACUGAAUGAAAUACACGUGUUGUCUGGACUCAGCAAAGACAAGGAAAAGAGGGAAGAAAAUGUCAGAAAUUCAUUCUGGAUUUAUGACAUUGUGAGGAAUAGUUGGUCUUGUGUGUAUAAGAAUGAUCAAGCUGCAAAGGAAAAUCCAAGUAAAAGUCUUCAGGAGGAAGAGCCAUGUCCAAGAUUUGCCCACCAGCUUGUAUAUGAUGAGUUACACAAGGUUCAUUAUUUAUUUGGUGGGAAUCCAGGAAAAUCCUGUUCUCCAAAGAUGAGAUUAGAUGACUUCUGGUCACUGAAGCUGUGUAGGCCAUCAAAAGAUUACUUACUGAGGCAUUGCAAAUACCUCAUAAGGAAACACAGAUUUGAAGAAAAGGCUCAAAUGGAUCCCCUUAGUGCUCUGAAAUAUUUACAAAAUGAUCUUUAUAUAACUGUGGAUCAUUCAGACCCAGAAGAGACAAAAGAGUUUCAGCUCCUAGCAUCAGCUCUGUUCAAAUCUGGUUCAGACUUUACAGCUCUAGGUAAGUAUUCCAGUGUAUUUACCCAGACAGCUUUCGCCAUUUGGGAGGUUGGAUUUUGGUUUCUUUUAAAUGAAACAUCAGAUGAGAUGUUCAUCCACCAAACAAAGAAAGUUUCGCAGUUGCAUGCAUAAUUUCUAAUAACCUGCUGCAAGGUUAUUUUCCAAGCAUCAGUCACCAGGACAUAGAUUAGUUUGCAGUUCCUAUUAUAUCAAUUACUGUGUUACUAUGCAAACAGACAGCAAUAUAAGCAUGAUCAGAAUAAAUUAAUUUGUAUAGCAUUGCUCUGGAAUGCAAGCUCCACUACUGAUAUACUUACUGAGAGAUAACACUUGUUAGUUGAAUUAUCUCUUUCCUUCCUGAAAAUGAAAAUGUUUGUAUGUUGGUAUCUUCAUUGUUCAGAGUAAGUCCUAGUUGAAACUCAGCUGUGUCUCAGACACCCCAGAUAUGGGCAUCCGUCUUCACUUACUAGUAAUCUCAUUUAGUGCUAAUGAAUUCUUAAAGUACUUCAACUGCACUGUAGUAAAUUAGGGAAUCUGUGCAAGAGUUCCAGAACCCAGAGUUUCAGUCAGGCCAGUUUUCAAGGAUCUUUUUGUUAGCGUAACUCAUUAUUGGUAACUUCAAUUUUUUAGCAAGGUCUUUUGAACUCUGGGGAUUUCCAGCUUUCCCCUUGUCAUUAUAAAAUGUCACACAAUGAAUUCAUAUUAA